CUUGAUCUCUAACUUCCUCGAUCCUUGGUGUCGCCUGAAUCCCAUUCCCAAUUCUCCCCAACUCUCGCAAUUCUUCGCACUCGUCUCCUGUGCAGACCGCCUCGAAUCCAGCUCGGUGUGACGUCGACCAAUCCCGCGGGGCCCAGUAAUCCACGCUGCAGCCAUUCCGCCCACCGAUCUUCCUUGCCGUCGCUCUCGGUUUGGGCGGACGACGCCACAAAGCGUCUUGACGUGGCCAUUGGUCUCAGUUGGUUGUUAUUAUCUGGUCAUCCUUGCUUUGUCCCUUCGGGUCGUCGGCCUACUUCCCGGCCUUGAUAUUUUUUCCUUUUCCCUCUGAUCGUUCCUCUUUUUCUUGCUUACUCUCCCGCAACUCACCCUGACGACAAUGAGCUCGCCAAAUGCUCAGCCGCACGGUCGGACGGGCUCUAUCGAUCCUCUUUCCCAUCCAGACGUCUACUACGGCGAUGACGAAGCGAUCACACGCAUUAAGAACCGGAGACGUGCCUAUUCCUCGACCCUGAAGACAUUCAAUCGAGAUGACAUUCAGGACUUCCUGGGCGGACAGACCGCGAGAAGAGGCAGUCACGAUGCAUCCUCCGCUCAGCCUCGCAAGUUCCUUAUCGAUGUCGAGGAGACAUUGCACAGUCUCCUGGAAAGAGAAGAUACCGACAAGAACAUGCAGAUAACCAUCGAGGACGUCGGUCCGAAGGUGCUUUCCGUCGGAACGGCCGCGUCUUCCGGAUACAACCGAUUCGAUCUACGAGGAACCUACAUGCUCUCCAACCUUCUUCAAGAGCUUACAAUCGCCAAGGACUAUGGCAGGAAGGUCGUUGUGCUGGACGAGGCCCGUCUCAGCGAGAAUCCUGUCUCGCGUCUCGAGCGUUUGAUCAAGAACAACUUUUGGAUCGCCCUCACCCGGCGGAUUGACGGUUCAAACAUCGCGGUGGUUGGAAAAGACCCCAAAGAUUGGACCCCCAACCCUACGCCACGCAUCUAUGUUCCCCCAGGUGCGCCCGAACAGUUUGAGUAUUACUCGAACAUCGCCAAGUCGCACCCCGAGCUUCGUCUAGAGGUCAUUAUGUUGGAGGCAGAUAUUACGCCGGAUUAUGUAAAGGAUCUCAAUCACAAGCCUGGCCUGUUGGCAUUGGCGAUGGAGGAGAAUUACGAUCCACACACUAAGAAGACCGAAUAUAGCGGUGUUCCAUUCGUGGUCCCCGGUGGUCGAUUCAACGAGCUGUACGGGUGGGAUAGUUACAUGGAAUCUCUCGGAUUGAUUGUCAGCAACCGAGUUGACCUGGCUAAAGCCAUGGUGAUCAACUUCUGUUUCUGCAUCAAACACUAUGGCAAAAUUCUCAAUGCCAACCGAACUUACUACCUGACGCGGUCUCAACCUCCAUUCUUGACCGACAUGGCAUUGCGUGUCUACGAGCGGAUCAAGAACGAACCGGAUGCUCUUGAGUUCCUCCGCAACGCUAUCCUUGCUGCCAUCAAGGAAUACUACAGCGUGUGGGCCAUCGAACCCCGCUUGGACCCGGUUUCGGGUCUAUCCCGAUACCGUCCGGAAGGAUGGGGCGUGCCCCCAGAGACGGAGCCCUCGCAUUUCACCCACAUUCUCACUCCGUAUGCUGAAAAGCAUGGCUUGGGGUUCAAGGAGUUUGUCCAAGCCUACAACGACCGCAAGAUCGUUGAGCCCGAGCUCGAUGAUUAUUUCUUGCAUGAUCGGGCAGUUCGCGAAUCUGGCCACGAUACCAGUUACAGACUUGAGAAGGUCUGUGCUAACUUGGCCACGGUCGAUUUGAACUCUCUCCUGUAUAAAUACGAAGUGGACAUUGCUCGGGCGAUCCGAACCUUCUUCAACGACAGGCUGGAGAUUCCCAUGGAAUUCCGCACGCCGGCGAGCAAGGAUAUCGCCAGCGAGGCCUCGUCCGUGUGGGAUCGCCGCGCACGGAGAAGAAAGAUGAGAAUGGACACGUACAUGUGGAAUGAAGAAAAGGGAAUGUUCUUUGAUUACGAUACGGUGAAGAAGGAGCGGACUACCUACGAGAGCUCCACCACCUUCUGGUCCAUGUGGGCCGGGCUUGCCACGCCUCUCCAGGCGACGGAGUUGGUGAAGAAGGCUCUCCCCAGACUCGAGGCCUACGGCGGUCUUACUUGCGGGACGGAGGAAUCGCGAGGCGCCGUCAGCCUCGAGCGGCCCAACCGACAAUGGGACUACCCGUACGGCUGGGCGCCUCAGCAGAUGCUGGCAUGGACGGGACUGCUCCGCUACGGCUACGAGGAGGAUGCGCAACGACUUGCAUAUAAAUGGCUGUAUAUGAUCACCAAGGCCUUUGUUGACUUCAACGGGGUUGUCGUUGAGAAAUACGACGUCACUCGCCCCAUUGAUCCACACCGAGUGGAUGCGGAGUACGGAAACCAGGGCGUCGACUUCAAGGGUGCACCUCGAGAAGGAUUCGGGUGGGUCAACGCCAGCUACGUCUACGGGCUGGACUUCUUGAACGCGCACGAACGACGUGCCCUCGGAACCAUCACGCCCUACGAAACAUACAGCAAAGCGUUGGCAGCACAGAACGGCCUUUGAAUAAGCGGGUCUUGCAUUUGACUAAUGACGAAGAAGAUGAACACAAAAGAGCACGUUUUGAUCUACAUUUUUUGGUUUAAUAUGAGGAUGAAUAAAUAGAACCAUGGUGCCUUAGCAUCCAUGGGUUUAGAGGACUCGAUUAAGGAACGAACGAUACAUGGGAUGCCAAAAUGGGUGGAAAGGUUUCAUAUCUGCUUGGUUUAUAUUGUCAUCUUUUUAUUCUUUUUUCUUGGUUCUCCCUUUUAUGAGUUAAUGUUUGUCGAUUCAUGAUUCAAACGAAUGGAUUAAAUUGAAUAGAUGAUUUUUUG